AUUUUCCGCAAGAAACUGCUGAACUUUUCUGAAUUUUUAUGCAAACGAGAUAAACGGGUUUGCAUUUUAUGUUCUGAACAAAAUAGACAAGCCUUUAGGAACUUACCUUAAAAAUAAUUAUAUGAUAGAUAAAUGGAAUAAGGCAAUGCAACACAUAGGCGAUCUAUCGAAGAGUGCUUCCCAGAGAACUUUCUAUGAGAAACUGACCCCUAUUUAUUACACACGUGAAGAAAACCUGGGAAACUCCACGUUUGUCAGACACGAAAUCCACAACUACCGGUGUUCAAUGGUUUUAUCCACACAACGAACAAUUAUAUCAAGAAAAUAAGACAAAGAAUCGUAGAUAAGAAUUCAUCAAGAAGCUAAAAAUUAAAUUGAAUUCUUACCAAAGUUUCGCUUUCUUAUGUCAAUGAUUGCAAAGGAAUAUCUUGUAACAGAUUAUAAAGAUGACAGAUUGGGUCCAUUGCAAUACUUGUUUUAGUUUAUUAGGAAGUGGAAAAAGAUUUUUAUUAACUAGCUGUGGUCAUAUUUACUGUAAUGAUUGUGCUACUGGAUCACAAAUGAACUGUCAAAUAUGUGGAAAUUCAUGUACAACAAUUCAUCUGACUACUCAAAUGAAACCUGAUGUUGAAAUAUAUUUUAUGGAUCCUCAAGAUUUAUUGAAAAAAUAUAUGAAGCAGUUACAACAAAUUAUUAAUUUUCAAACUGGUCAUAGAAUGAGAUUAUCUGCUUAUUUUAGGAAAGAGUUUUUAACAAGCAACAUUUUACUUAUUGGUAACUUGAUGUGCUUCUAUAAUAUGCCAUAUAACAAUAGUUUUUUUUACCUGAAUAGUUAGAAUGAUUAUUGUGUUUUCAUAUGUAUAACCUGUGGGUUAUGUAUUUAAAAGACAAUUUGAAAAGGAUGUGGGUUAUGCAGUUUGGUGGGUUACAUGCUUAUUUUAAAUAACUAUUCUGAACUCACACUUAGAGCAAUCACUUUUCAUAGACAUGGGGUAUAUGGUAUGGCAUUAUACACAAAAACAUAUGGUAAUAACUUUUAUUUUGUUAUAUAUUUGAUAUUAUUUAUUGCAUUUAUCUAAAGUAAAAAUCUAAUUAUGCCAAUAUCAUAUAUUAUUAAGACAUUUUAUAAAUCUGUAAUUAUUGAUAAAGAUAUAUUAGUAAUUUCCUAUACUAAACCCCUGAAACAUAUUUCACAUAUUUUAAAUAUUCCAUUAUAGACUGUCACUAUUUCACUCAGAAUUUUAUAAUAUAGUCCUAUCUUAUCAUAAUUAUUUUAGGAUUUUCUUUUUAAAAAUUCUUUACAAAAAUACUGCAAUUUUUUAGAUAUAUAUCAAAGCAUUUU